UAUCCACCAAGAACUAAAACGUCACCACAUCUUCCCUCCUCCCUCCCCCCAUCUCCUCAUCUCUCUUUUUUCCACUCAAUCCAUGGAGCCCAACCCCCCAUCCCAAACCCUUGAAACUCCUGACUGCCAAUCCGAAUCCCCAGAAGACCAACAGCAGCAGCCUCUGGAGCUCACCAAAACCCUCCCCAUAGCCUCCAUUUCCCUCUCCCUCUCCUCCUUCCUCUCCCCACAACUCCUCCUCUCCUCCCCCAAGAAACCCUCCCUCUCCCCCUUCUCCCACCUCAAAAUCCCCUCCCAAAUCUCCUCCCUCUCCCACCUCUCCCUCUCCUCCACUUCCCCCAAAUCCUCCUCCAAAGCCUACACCCCCUCUCGUAUCGCCAACUCCCCCCUCCAGUCCCCCUCCCCACUACUUCGCCACCGCCCCGCCGACCCCUCCCACUCUGCCGCCGGCCGCCGCUGCACCGUCGUCUGGUUCCGCGCCGACCUCCGCGUCCAUGACAACGAGGCCCUCAGCGCCGCCUCCAACGACUCCCUCUCCCUCCUCCCGGUCUACCUCUUCGACCCCCGCGACUACGGCAAGUCCUCAUCUGGCUUCGACAAGACCGGCCCCUACCGCGCCACCUUCCUCCUCCAGUCCGUCGCCGACCUCCGCCGCGGCCUCCGCGCCCGCGGCUCCGACCUCGUCGUUCGGAUCGGCCGCCCGGAGACCGUCCUGGUGGAGCUCGCCCGCGCGGUGGGCGCCGACGCCGUGUACGCCCACCGGGAGGUGUCGCAUGACGAGGUGCGGGCGGAGGAGCGGGUGGCGAAGGCGAUGGAGGAGGAGGGGGUGGAGGUGAAGUACUUUUGGGGGAGCACGCUGUACCAUAUGGAUGACUUGCCGUUCGAGUUGGAGCAGAUGCCGUCGAAUUACGGGGGAUUCAGGGAGAAGGUACGGGGGGUGGCGGUCAGGAAGACGAUUGAGGCUUUGGACCAAAUUAAAGGGCUGCCGUCGAGAGGUGAUGUCGAUACCGGGGAGAUUCCGAGCUUGGUCGACCUGGGGCUCAAGCCGGUACCGACCAUGUCUCAGGAUGGGAAGCCUGUCCUAAAUGCUUCACUUGUGGGUGGCGAGAUUGAAGCACUGGAGAGACUGAAAAAGUUUGCAGAUGAAUCCCGUGCCCAACCAAAGAAAGGGGAUGGUACUCGAGAUAGUAUCUAUGGCGCUAAUUUCUCCUGCAAAAUCUCACCAUGGCUAGCAAUUGGAUGCCUUUCUCCACGUUUCAUGUAUGAGGAGCUGAAAAAGACCGCAACAAGAGCAAUAUCUGCCUCCUCAACUCCAAAGACUGGUGCUGCAGCAGAUAAUGGAAUGAACUGGCUAAUGUUUGAAUUAUUAUGGAGGGAUUUCUUCAGGUUCAUCACCAAGAAAUACAGCUCUACCACAAAAAAGAUUGAAGCUGCGCCAGCCACAGCUUGCACUGGUGCUCUUGUUUGAGUCCUGCGGAGCCUAGAGAUUACGGAAAAUCAAAAGUCGGCAUUCAAUUCAGCCAAGGCUGUGCACUAAAAUGGUGUUUCUGAAAGACUUGGACACUUAUGUCAAUCCCAUCUUUCUCUCUUCUAUAAGUUGUAGCUCUUCAACUUUCUCAUACAUUGGUCAAAUUUUGGUCUGCAGACAUAGUUAUCUGAUGUUUGGGAGAGAUGCAUUUCCUUUUCCCCUGCA